AUGUAGGCUAUCGUUCUACAUGCUGGUACAAUGUCCCCCGAUGUCCCUGCACCUCCAGCGGAUGAGAAGGCGAGAUAUGAAGCUAUCAAACAAGAACUCAAAAGUGUACUCGCAAAGAAGCGCGAUAUAGACAAACAUCUUGCCCACAUUGAAGUCAAGGUUUACAACCUGGAGACCACCUACUUGAAUGACACCUCGGCCCAGACUGGUGGUAACAUCAUCCACGGUUUCGAGGGCUAUCUCAAGAACAUCGCUUCGAGCAGGAAGAAGGCCGAGAUUAAAGACGAAACUGACCGCAUAUUCUCCAAUAGCAGUGUGUCGCAUAAGAAGUCCUUGGAACUGUCGGGCGAAGGCGAGGAUUCUGCUGCCACUGGAGAGGACCAUUCCAGAACAUCCACGCCGGCUCUCACUACGGUCAUUGUUCCGCCGGCACGCUCACAGGAGUUGACCGCUGCCCAGAACAAGAAGAAUCGGGAUAGAGAGUACCAGCGGAAGAAGCGUGCCAACGCCCGGCGGAGUAGCGUUGCACUCAGUGACGAUGAAAGUGUCACAUCUGCAUCCAGUCGGAGACCCACCAAGAGGUCGAGAAUGGAUGAUGAUUAACGUGAACGUGCAGAUCCAUCACAUACCCCACCCAUGCAAUAUCCUUCCGUCACGUUUGAGACUAGUCCCGCAUUUCUCGGACUCUGCACGCCUUUCCUUGCACUCAUAGUGUAAUCAGUCGUCGAGAUUUUAGAUAUCCAUUGUACCAAGUAGUUUCUUUACACCAGACUCGUCUAGUCCACCACCAUCCGGAUCGACAGCCUCGAUACAUCUUGAGAUGGCAAUGAUAUGUCGAGUAUCUUUGGCAUUUACCCACACCCUCCCGUUCAGACCUGUUGCAGCUUCCAGAGGAAAACGCGAGCCCAAUAGCGGCAGUAAGAAGUGCGUCGGGUCUAGUAGACUGUUGAAUAAUUAGAGGAUCAAUGUCCGAAUUUUUCAAUAAGAAAAUUUGAACUC